CAGUCUCCAACUCUACCCGGCGCAAAGAAACAUGUACACUGCAAUGAGCUGAAGGAAUCUUGACCUGCCAUACAGUUCCGCAAACCGGGCAUAUCUUCUCAAAUGCACCUCCACCAUGCUCUCGGCCUUCACAGCUCGACCCAUUGUUGAGUUCAAGCAACGCGACAAGUCCAAAAUCGAGUCGAUUCUAGCAUUCGGCGACCGCGUGUUAGUUGGCCUUCAGAGCGGUGCCUUGCGUAUAUACCGUGUCAAUGAGCUACAUGACCAGGACGUCCCAGAAGUUCAAGAUGUAGAUGGAGUAGAGGGUGAGGAAGUACAUGAAGAGAAGAUCAAACUUGCAGAUCUCCUGCGAGAAGAAGAGAAGUUUUCGCGGAGACCAGUCCAGCAACUCGCCAUCAUCAAGGAAGCCAGCAUCCUACUCUCGCUCUCUGACAGUUAUGUGUCUAUCCAUGACCUGAAUAGCUAUGCGCUUCAGGAGCGUCUCGAACGCACGAAAGGUGCGACCACAUUCGCAGUAACAUCUGACAUCGUCAUCAAGGAUGAGAUACCUUCGAUCGUCACAAAGCUCGCGGUUGCGGUGAAGAGGAAGAUACUCAUAUGGUCGUGGCAAGACAUGGAGGUGGACGAGGAGGUCACAGAGAUGACACUGAUUGCAGCUGUCAAAUCGUUGACUUGGUCAACGAGGACGAAACUCGUCGCAGGCAUGGAUCCCGGCUUCGUUAUGGUGGAUGUGGAUAGCCAGGAGAUUACGGACAUCAACAAGCCAAGUGCGCUUGGAGAGGCAGGCCCACCUGGCUCUGCGCGCUUCGGAUCUGUAAACUCAUCUGGAAUGGGCUAUAUGGGUAUGGGAAGCUGGAUACCGAAACCUCUCGCUACGAGGCUGAAAGAAGGGCAAAUGCUUCUCGCGAAGGAUGUCAAUACACUUUUCAUCGACGAGGACGGCAAUGCUCUCGACAAGCGACAGAUACCUUGGCCUUCCGCCCCGGAGUCACUCGGAUACUCUUAUCCAUAUAUGCUGGCUCUUUCUGCGCCAGCUAAAGGCGCCCUCGAAGUACGAAAUCCCGACACCUUAUCCUUGCUGCAAUCAAUCGCUCUACCUAAUGCAAGCUUCAUACAUGUUCCGCAGCCAUACAUAAGCUUGGCUCAUGCUGGCAAAGGCUUUCUCGUUGCCAGCGAUCGCUGUAUCUGGCGAAUGGGUGCUCUUGACUACGAUACCCAGAUCGAGGACCUCAUACACAGUGGACGGUACGAUGAAGCCAUUAGUCUGCUCAACAUGCUGGAGGAUACCCUCCUAAAGGACAAGGAAGGCCAAUUACGACGAGUGAAAAUUCUCAAGGCACAAGGCUUCUUCCAUCAGAAGAGAUAUCAGGAUGCGAUGGAUCUCUUCGGAGAGGCGCAUGCGCCCCCUGAGCUCGUCGUUGCUCUGUAUCCAAAAUCGAUAGCUGGUGAACUGUCGUCCUUUGAAGCCGAGCAGGAGCCUGAAAAUGAAGCGGCCGCCGAGCCGCCCACUGAAGGCUCAAGCAGCGUGCCAGCUUCGCCAAAUAAGAGCACUCUUGGGACAGCAUCAACUCUAGGACGUGCUAUGUUUGGAAAGUGGAAAGCGGAACACAAGGUACCCGACUCUGAUGCCGCUUCGAUACGAUCAGAGAAGCCGAGUAUGGACGAUUCGGCUAGCGUUCGAGGAAAGCCUGCAGUAGACAAGCCCCUUGAAGGAAAGGACUUCCUAAAAGCAGUGCACGCAUUACAAGGCUUUCUUGCGGAGUCUAGAAAACAGAUACAGAAAUUUAUUAACUUCGACGGCACCCUAAAGCAGCCCCUCCCUACUUCCUCCGACUCUCAGGUAGAGCCAGAGAAGCCUGCUUUUCAGAAGUUUAUCCUGGAACCUGAAGAAGGGGACAUCGACUGGACUCAAAAGCUGCUCGAAGUGGCAAUUACAGUAGAUACAGUACUAUUCCGAGCAUACAUGAUCAGGAGUCCAACAAUGGCCGGCUCGCUGUUUCGCAUCGAGAAUUUCUGCGACCCUGAAGUUGUCAAGGAGAAGCUGUACGACAAUGGCAGAUAUCUGGAUCUGAUCGACUUCCUUCAUGGCAAGAAGCUCCAUCGUGAAGCACUGGAGCUCUUGGAGAAGUUUGGUAAAGACGCGGCCGAGCAGAGCGGCAACCCGGCCUUGAAGGGACCUCAACGAAUGGUCGGGUAUCUCCAACAGCUCCCGCCAGAUCUUGUCGAGCUCAUAUUCGAAUUUGUGAAGUGGCCGCUCGAGGCUGACCCGAAGCUGGGCAUGGAAGUGUUUGUGGCGGAUACGAAGAAUGCGGAUGAUCUGCCCCGACACCGUGUGGCAGAGUAUCUUGAGAACUUUGAUUACAAGCUUGCAGUGGCUUAUCUGGAGCAUAUCAUAUACGAGCCUCACAUUAACGAAGGAGAGCCACACUUCCACCAGAAGUUGAUCGAUCUAUAUCUGAGGCGACUAAAGUCCAGCGAAGGGGGAGAGUUUGGCGACUUUAGCUCUGAAGAAGAGCGCACGCAAUGGAAGGAGAGCCUGGAGAAGAUCCUGAAGACGAGUACUCACUACCACAGAGCCAAGGCAUUCAGCCAACUCCCAUCAGAAGACCCCAUGUACUACGAGUCCCGCGCCAUCGUCCUCAGCUCCAUGGGCCAACACAAACAAGCCCUACAGAUCUACGUCUUCAACAUCCAAUCCCCGCAAAAGGCCGAAGAAUACGCAAACGAAAUCUACCGCUCCACCCACCCGGCCCUCGACAGCACCUCCCAUCCCCUCCACGCCACCCCAGAUACCUCCCCCGACGACGACGCCGACCCAGGCAUCUACCUCACCCUCCUCGCCCUCUACCUCGCCCCGCCACACCCGCAUAAGCCGCAGUGGGAGCCCGCCCUCACCCUCCUCAGCAAACACGGCGCCCGCCUCCCCGCUGGCUCCACCCUCGCUCUUAUCCCCCCUUCGCUCCCCGUCGCUGACCUGGAAAGCUACUUCCGCGGCCGCGUGCGCACGGCGAAUAGCGUGCUGCGGCAAGAACGCAUGCUGGCGUCGCUGCGCAGCGUCGUGAAGCUGGACGUCGACGCGGCGCUCUUGCUCGGCGAGGCGAGAGCCGGUGGUGGUCUUGCUGCUGUGGACGACGAGAAGAGGGCGAUGACCAAGGGGAUGAUGGGUGGCGGGGGCAGGAAUCGCCGUGUGUUGAUUACGGAGGAUCGGCAUUGUAAGGUUUGUGGGAAGAGGUUUGGGGGUAGUGCGAUUAGGGUGUUUCCGGAUAAUAGCGUUGUGCAUUAUGGGUGUGUGGAUCGGAGUGUGGGGAGGAAGGGGGCGGCGCGGGCGUGGUGAGUGAGGCCCGGCGGGACGGUGGAG